AUGAAAACAUUCUUGACUGAGUCAACGUUUGUACCUGAAGAACUAGAAGACGUCUUGUACACGCAUAGUCAUGCAGUCCAGGCAAUCCACUCCUGGAAAGCACAUCAACUCAGGUGUGUCAGGCAAGAUACAGCAAGGACGGCGUGCUUGAGCGCUUUAGAUGAGACCUCUGUACUCAUAACACAAGAUUGGGCUAUGAAGUUUUUACCGCUCAAAUAUAGAGAAAACCAAUCAGAUUGGUACGGGAAACGAGGAAUAUCGUGGCAUAUAAGUGUCAUCGCAAGAAAAAUGAGAGGGCUUUUAGAAAGUCAGUCCUUCGUCCACAUAGUUGAGAAUACAUCACAAGACAGCUCAGUUGUAGUGCGAAUUAUUGAGCACACCUUAAGGUCGCUGAAAGAGGAGAAUCCUAGAAUCAACAGAGCAUUUCUACGGCAAGAUAACGCGGGAUGUUAUCACAGUUCUGCUGUAAUAGCUAGCAUCAUGCACCCUAAUGAAGGCAAACACUGGGAUAGACGUUUGCAGAGUAGAUUUCAGUGACCCUCAAGGAGGCAAGGGGGCUUGUGACCGAAAAGCCGCCACUAUCAAGGCCCAUGUCCGCAGGUAUGUAAAUGAGGGCCACGACGUGCAAAAUGCUGAACAGCUUCAAACAGCUAUCCUGUCUAAUGGGGGUGUCACCGGGGUUCGCGUUACUGUUGUUAAUGCUGCCGUUUCUGCCUGUGAACUGCCUCAAGUCAAACUUGAUGGUAUCAGCACGUUAAACAACUUUGAGUACUGCAAAGACAAGUUGACAGUUUGGAGAGCUUUCAACGUCGGAAAUGGAAGGGAGAUCAGCCAAACGAAAGUUCAAGGUAAAAAAAAAUACGGGCAUAGUGAUAUAUAAAUGUACUGUAUUGGAGUGUUGCAAAUACUCACUGACUUAGUCCGCUAAUAAUUACGGAUAACGGGCAACAUUAACAGAGUAUGAGAGAGUCUAUACUAAUGGCUACUAUAGACAACUCAGUCAGUUGUGUACAUGAUAAAUUAACAAACCUUUAAAAGACGCGAAAAACGCUUCAUCUGAAAUUAAAAAAGACUUCCAUUUCAAUGUUCGCUUUUUUAGUUGCUGAUGUCUUGCAAAGCUGCAAAUUUACUUGCCGAUUUUCCCCUGGUGACUUUGUAAAAGCAUCCAAGGAAGCCUCAAAGAAGCCAAGACCCAAUGAAACGAUGACAAUAGAAGAAACGAAAGACGCUUCUGUCUUGUUCUCCUGCCCAAAUGAAGGUUGCAUCAAGGUAUACGAGAGAUACUCGAGUCUCGAAAGGCAUAUGUCGUUUGGCAAAUGUGAGUUGAUUCCGGAGAAAGAGACUUUGCUGGACAGGGCUAAAUUAACGUACCACGCUAUCCUUCAGGACGAUAUUGGCAUUGCAAAAGUAUUUGAAGGAAGGGAAACGGAGAAGAAGCACGGUGUCAGUUUACCUGAGGGUUGGGCGUUGAAAACUGCAAAGAAGUCGUCACGGUUUAACGAAUCACAAAGAAAGUACCUGGAGGAAAAAUUUGAGCUUGGACAGCAAACAGGCCACAAACAAAACCCUGAGAAAGUGGCGAGAGAUAUGCGUUUUGCAAAAAAAGCAGAUGGUUCGAGGCUGUUCUCGAGUGGUGAGUUUCUUACCUCGCAGCAGAUACAGUCUUUCUUUUCAAGAUUAUCGUGCAAGUUGCGUCACGAUGUAGAGGUUAGCGACUUAGAUUUACAAGCUUCUCAGGAUGAACAAGAGUUUUGCGACACCCGCCAGGCUGUGUUAAAGGAAGUACAGCUAGAACAUCCCAUCGCUUAUGACAACCUAAACCUUUGCGAAUUGACCAAGAAAGGUAACAUGAAAACACUCAGCAUUGCAAUGCUGAAGAACAUAUGCGAGUAUUUUGAUAUCUGCACGGAAGAAUUUAACCCAAGGCGCAAGGCAGAGUACCUUGCCGCGUUAGGGGAUCUUGUAAAAGGGUGCGGCUGUAACGCCUAA